AUGAGGUAUGCCAAUAGAGUCCAACCAGAGGAAACCAAUUUCAUUUGGUAUAAUCAAAACAGACCGCCAAGGAAUGAUCCGUACUCGAACACUUACAAUCCAAGGUGGCAAAAUCAUUCGAAUAUUUUAUGGAGAGAUCCGAACAACGUUAAGCUGCAAGGACCAUCUGAAUUUCACCAAAACAGACCAGCACCCUCACCUCCACUAAAAGAGAAGAAACCUUCGCUCAAAGAGAUGAUGGUUCAGUUCAUGGAAAAUCAAAAUGGACAUAGCAACAAAAUGGAGAAAAGAAUUAGCCAGAUUGAACAAUCAUUUCAAUCUUCCAUUCGUAAUAUGGAGCUUCAACUAGGGAAAUUGGCAAAUAAGGUUGCUGAAAGAGAAAAGGGAAAAUUACCUAGCCACACUGAGACAAAUCAAAAAAAGAGAGCUAUGGCAAUCUCUUUAACAUGCGAGAACAAAGUUGAUGAAGCAUCAAAAGAAAACAAGGUGGAAGAAUCGGUUGUUGUAAAUGAGAGAGCAAAAAACAAGGUAGUAGAAGAGAGAACUAUAAAGAAACCUCCACCGACAGUUAAGGCAUAUGUGCCUCCAAUUCCAUACCCUCAGCGGCAGAUGAAGAGGAUAAACGAGUUGAAUUUUCAAAAGCUUUUAAACAUCUUUAAGAAAAUUCAAAUCAACAUUCCUUUUACCGAGGCCUUGGCACAAAUACCAUCAUAUGAAAAGUUCUUGAAGGAGAUCAUUUCCAACAAGAACAAAUUGGAGGAGUAUGUAUCAGUGGCCUUGACUGAGGAGUGCAGUGCAAGAUUGCAAAGGAAAUCACCUCCAAUGUUGAAAGACCGAGGGAGUUUCUCUAUCCCAUGUGUUAUUGGUAAUAUUGAUGUUGCAAAUUGCUUAUGUGAUUUAGGUGCAACCAUCAACUUAAUGCCGCUAUCACUUGUGAGAAAACUGGGCAUAACCGAGAUGAGGUUUUAUUACAACUUGCAGACAGAUCCAUCAAACGACCGCUUGGAAUAG